AUGAGUCACCCAGUCAGCAAGGCGGACUCAGACGCGGCAAGGGCGGAGGGCAAUGCAGCGUUCAAGAAGGGGCGUUGGAGCGAGAGUAUAGGACGUUAUACCAAAGCCAUCCUGCACAAUCCUGAAGACCCACUGGCAUAUGGGAACCGCGCACAAGCGUACCUUAAGCUGGACAAGUAUGCCGACGCGGAGAGGGACUGCACCAUUGCGCUGGAAAAGCAGGAGGGGAAUAUCAAGGCGCUAUAUCGCAGAGCACUGUCUCGGAAGGGGAUGGAGAAGUUCGACGAGGCUAUAGCAGACCUGGAAGCGCUGCUUAUAGUUGAAGUAGCGAACGAAGCUGCUUUGGAAGAGCUGAAGGAGAUUCAGUCGUUGCGCGGUCGCUCAAUAGUAGCCAAGGCAGCGAAGCCAAAGCGGUCCCUAGCGCCCAUAGAAGCACCGACGAAAGCAAAUGGAGCAAUGCCCAACCCCAUACCUACGCCGGUCCCCAGUCCUACAUCGGCCCCUGCUCCGGCCUCUGCACCUACCCCAACUCUUGAAGACGUCGCGAUCCCAGCCGUCGAAGCAGCUCCUAAACCUCCCUCUACCUUUUCGGCGCUAAAGACCACCCGGGCCAGUAAGAAGGCGGCGUACAUCCCCCCAGCUGCCGCUCCUGAGCCGGGCCCACGCUCCUCUACAAGAGCUCCAGAAGCAGUAGCAUCACCGCCAGUGGCAUCGGCGGCGAUUCCGCCUUCCACAACUAGCACCAAGGCAGCUGUACCUGAAACGACCCCUCCCUCCUCUUCACGCCCAGCCUCACCCAUUCCCAUUCCCACUCCACCUACAGAUCCCAACUCGACAGCAUCCGGGACCGGCAUCCUCCUCCUCCGCGCGCUCACCGCUCUUCCCCCUCGUUCUGGCUGGGCGCUGCUCCGGCAAUAUCCACCGGCCAACAUCCCUCUAAUAUUAUGUCCCAUCCUCGAACCGGAUUCGCUCGGAAUGGUCGUUCUUGCUUUGGCCGAGGCGGAUGAUGAGGGCUUGCAAAAGGUCAGGACGAUCAUGGAGGGACUGCGGCGUACGCCGAGAUUCAGUAUGAACACGAUGAUGAUGGAUAACCGCGCCAGAGUCGCUGGAUCAGCAGCAUGGAAGAAGGCAGGGGGCGAGGGUGCGUGGCCAUAG